AUGUCUUUCAAAGAUGAAUCGCUAUGUUCGGAUUGUCAACAGGUGGAUUGGAAAGAUCUCGUUGAGCGGCCCCUGGACCCAGAAUUUAACCGUAAACGAGUUUAUUACGAAACUGUCAGUGGUCCUUUAGGGCGUCUCGUUCGGACUAUGGAAAAGAGUCACGAACAGUUGAAAUAUUCAAAAUGUAGAUGUUGUCGAAUUCUUUCCAUCAUCAAGAACGAUGACAGCGAAGAAUGGGAAAGGAGAAAUUCCAACGUCCACCACCUUGAAGUCACGACACUUGAAAACCAAGUGCUACUUUACCCCCCGACAUGCCAAGGCAGUCUUUCACUUUUGAAAAUCGGUAGUUGGCAUACAUUCGACAACAAAACUGGUCGGGAUCGGAGUUAUGAGCAGGGUAAGCGGUAUAUUGCGUUGUUCGGUUCCGGAGAAGACCCUGCACCCUUUAAGAUACCAUGUUUCGUCGAGGAUUUUGGUUGGAUGCAAAAUGCCAUCCCGGAAUGUUGCAAACGGCAUGCGAGCUGUCUCAGUAUACACUCGCUACUUGUGCCUGGGCUUCUCGUCAUUGAUUGUCUGGCCGGCUCGUCGACUCUUUCGAUCGUUUCUGCGCCCAAACCAUGUCAGUAUAUUGCCUUGUCUUACGUUUGGGGAAGUGCACAAGACACUGGCACCGAAGUUGCACCUGUGAUCAAGGACGCUAUUAAGGUUACCGUGAAGUUAGGCCUGAGAUUUCUCUGGGUUGACAAAUACUGUAUUCCACAGGAUGACUCAGAGAAACACCGACUGAUCCAUUCCAUGGAUAAAAUUUAUUCUCAGGCCUAUGUAACCAUCAUUGCAGCCGCUGGAAACACGGCUGCUGAUGGGCUACCUGGAAUAAGUACUAUUUCUCGUGUAGCCCAAAUGGAGACUGAAAUUGUGUCGUAUCACUGUAGAGAGAGAUAUACAGAAGAAUCUGUACAGCAGCUAGUUUCCCCGAACACAGCAGCUUCCAUGAACAACUGGAGGUUUCUUCCGAGAUAUUUUAUAACGGAUACAAAUUAUUUUGGGCUCCGAGUCCUAGUUGCCGAAUACACUCGGCGAGACUUAUCUUACCCCCGAGACUCCCUCAAUGCCUUCCUUGGUGUUCUUGCGGAGUAUGAACGACAGAAUGCAGCCUUGGUCUCUCAAGUGCCGUCAAAGCUAAGAUCGGUUUCGCGAAGUAUUUCGCUGCCGAGUCACAUCUGGGGGUUGCCUCUCCGAGAAGGCGUUCCAAUUCUAGAUUGGUAUCAUAUAGAACCACCCAAACAACAAAGACCGGACUUUCCUACCUGGUCAUGGUCUGGAUGGGAGGGAGGUAUCGAGCUUGGAGAUAAACCCUUUGUUGUUGACUAUGGUUACUGUACUACCGAAUCAGAAUAUGCACCAAUUUCUGUUGCGUUUCUAGACAAGUUGACUGAUUACUGCGACCAGGAAACAAAGCGUUUGCAUGUGACGGGCGCGGUGUUUGAACUCAAGUUCGCCACUCAGAAGCAAGCACGAAGUAUUAUCGACGGGACACAGCAACUACAGAGUACUGGUGAGCUUCCCAACCUGGAUAUCAGGACAUCACACCACCAUUGCGUGUUUGAGGUUUCCCCAGAGAUCUUUACUGUAAUUCGCUCAAAGUUGGAUAUUGAGCCUAAGGCUGAAGAUCAAACAUUUGGUCUUUUUGUUACCGUUGAAGCUCAAGAGUCUUUCUAUAUUCGCAGCAUCAUAGUUCUCCGAAAAGGUGAUCAAAGCUUCACAGGAAUAGGUUGCAUAACGGUCGCAGACGUCUGGAAGCGCAGGUUCGUCAACAUCAAGGGUGCCACAAUUGAUGAGGAAAUAUUGCCUUUCAACAUCAAAGAUAAACUUUUUUUUGGUCAAAAAUGUACGAGGCAGCGUAUCUGUCUCGAGUAA